AUGUAGUAAAAAGAAGUUAGUAAAGGUCAAAUCUUAUGAAAAAAGAUGAUGAAGCAACUUUUGUUUUUUUUAUCAGAAAAGGUGCAUUUGUGAUUAUUGAUUGUGAUGAAGCUGUAAUAUAAUUAAUUAAAUUAGAAAUUAGAAGAAUUUGAUUCUGGCUCAUUUAUAGGUGAAAUUAACGCAAUCUUACAGGUGGCAAAUUAACUACAACUAUUAAAGCAAUAAGAGAAGGAUCUAUAUUGUAAAUUAAAGCAAAAGCUUUUAGUAAAUUUUUAUAGCUUAACCCUGUAUUAUUAUUGUUGUUUCAAGAAUGCAAGUAUUUAGAAUGAAACACUUAUUCGAAAUUUAAUUAUAUUAAAAUAAUAUUAUUAUUUCUAAAUUAAUAAGAUGAUUAAUAAAUCCAGUGCCACUAUAUCGCAUAUUUAAACAUAAAAAACUAUUCAUCUUUAAAUUAUUAUUAUUAAUGAAAAUAUUAAAGCUUCUAUUAAUUAGUUAUGCAAUAAUGGUAACAAAUGAGAUGUUUUGUAACUUUUAUCCUUUAGAUUCAAGAGCUUGUGUUAGCAAAACAGAAGGAAUCAAAUGUAAAUAAAAAGUUCAAUAAUAGGUUAUUAUAACUAGUUUGAAAGUACUUGUAUGGAUACUUAAUCAACUAGUCAUGGUUGUUAACCAACCCUAAAUAAGUUAGCUUGCUUAAAUUAACUUACCAAUGGCUUUGGAGAAGAAGUGAGAUGUAAAAACUUGUAAAUUUAAAAUAAGGCACAUUUGGAAAGAAAUGUACAGCUGUAAAAUCCACCCAUUUGAAAAAAUUGGGAUGCUCCGAGUGGUUCUCGAAGUACGCAUGCACAAAUGUCGUAAAAAACUUUUGCAUUUGGAAUGGAAAUUAAUGCAUUGAAUAUAAAAGUAAUGUUCCUGAAGGUGAAUCAUGUGAGGCCAUUUUUAGUAAUUCAGUCACACCAUCUUUAUGUUCAAGAAUUUAAAAUUUGAAAUGUAAUUUGUUUAUUAAAAGUAGGCAUGAAUGGAGGGUUUAUUCAAGAUUAUUAAUGUAUUAGUGUUGAUGAACAAUUGUAAGCCAAAUUAAAAUGUACCGAUUUAGGAGUAAAUUCAGCUGCUUGUAUUUCAAUAACAACGCCAAAUCAGAAUUGUAUCUAAACAUUUAUACUUUAGGCAUAUUUUAUUAAAACAUUUGUUAAGAAAUAAAAUCAGUCAUUAUUAAUAAAUGUGAAAUGGAACUGAAUAGAUUUGGAUGUCUAAGUAUUUCUAAUCCAAAAUUAUAAUGCCAAUGGAAAUAAGGUAAGUGCUAGAAUUUUGUCAAAUUAAUAAACUAAAAAUGUGAAAACGUUAAAGAAGUCAACUAAAGUGUUUGUCAAUAAUUUGAAGGUAAAUGUAAAUUUGAUAAUUAAAAUUUUAAUUGCAUAGUGCCAACAACAACAGAUAUAUUAACAUGCAAUACAAAAGGAUUAACUUAAGAGCUUUGUUUAUCUUUAAAAAAGUAAUAUUGUACAUUUACAAAUGGAAAAUGUGAAGAGAUUACUUUAGAAGAUUUAAAAUAUUAUUAAUGUGAUAUGUUAUUAAAUGAAGAUGCUUGUGUGAAUGUAUUGACUAAGUAUUAAUACUGCAAAUGGGAUGGAAAAAAUUGCAUACGAUAAAUAAUAAAUCAAGACUUAGAUUGUGAAUUAGAUAAGAAUGAUGUAAUUACAAAAUAUAAUGGAAAUGUAUGUUAAGCAAUUUCAAAACCAAAUGUACCAUGUAAAUACAAUAAAUAAAUAAAUCGAUGUGUAAUCAGUGACUAGAAUGAUGCUUGUGGAUCACCAUACAUAAAUUUAUUUGGAUGCAUUAGUAUAUUAAGAGCUGGAUUGACAUGUUAAUGGACUUUAAAUGGAUGUAUCUAGAUUGAAAUAAAAGCACUUUCAACUACAUGUGUUAGUUUAUAAUUUGCAAAUCCAAAUGCUUGUUCAUAAGUUUAUGAAGAUUCAGAAACAGGAUGUUAUUUUAAUUAGGAUACUUCUAAAUGUGAGAGCAUUUAAAUAAGUUCAUAGAGUGGGAGAAAUUUAUUAGAAAGUUUAGAAUGUUAAAAUAUUAGGAAAGGAUUAAACAGAGUAGCUUGUGCAUCAAUAACAACAAAUGGAUAGGUAUGCCGUUGGAAUUAAAAUUAAUGUUAACAAAUUAGAAAGAAAAUGGAUGUAGCAUAAGUGGAAUGUUUAAAAAUGCAAUUUGUUAACCCAUAGGCAUGUGCAUUAGUUGAAUUUGGAAAAGAGCCUUGCAGAUAUUUAGAUAAGGAAAAGAGUUGUGUUAAUUCCGUAAUUCUUAAUAUGAAUUGUAAUACACCAGGAUUGAAUACAUAUGCAUGCGCUUUAGUAUAGGGUAGUUGUUAUUUUGAUACUGAAUUAAAUCGAUGCACUAAAUUAGAUUCAACUAAUUCUGAUAAUGCUUUAUAAGUAACUGAAUUAUUAUAAACAAUGGAAUGUCAAUCUAGUUCUCCUACUGAACUUGUUUGCACUUAGAUAAUAACAAUUGGAUAAUUAUGUUAAUGGUCUUCUAGGUAAAGCAGAUGUUUAGAUUAAACAGUAAUUUUAAAUUAAAAAUGUUCUAAUUAUUCAUAAGAUAUUAAAGUUAAUGCAAAUGUAUGUGCUGCUAUAGAAAUGGAAUUUCCAGAUUAUGAUUUAAGAUUUGGAAUUAAUAAUGAUGUUGACAGAGGUUAUUGUAAAUUUAUGCCAGAAUCUGGAAAUUGUUCAAAAAAUACAGACACAUGCACUACACCUUGUUGCACAGAGAAAAUUGGAAUAAAUGCCCAUUCAUGUAGUAGAUUUUCAACUUAAGCCCCAGAUGUUUAUUGUUUUUUUGGAUCAAAUUUGAGAUGCUAAUAAUUAACAUCAGAUAUAGUUGAUAUAUCAAAAUAAGAUGCAGUUAGAAAUUAUUAUAAUGCAAAUUAAAUGAGAUGUUCUUAAAUGAAUAGAAAUUCAUGUUGGAUGAUUGAAUGGUCAACAAAAUAAUUAUGUUAUCACAAUGGAAAAUCAUGUGUAAAUGUAAACUACUCUAAUUAUGGAAAUUUAGAUAUUUUCAUAUAAUUUCCAGCUAUUCUAAAUAGAUAUGCUUGUCUAGCAAUAGAAGCAACAAUUACAAAUAGAAAUACUUUGAAAUACUUUUUAUAUGAUAAUACCACUAAAAGAUGUUCCCCAAAGCCUGAUGCUUCUGAUUACAAUGCUUGUGAUUAAGCUUUAGGAAAUAGUAACUUAUGUUUAAGAUUUACUAGCAAUAUAUUGUGUAAAUGGAACUCACUAUUAUUGAAAUGUCAAGAAAUAACACUUGAUGAAUAUGAUGAAAUAUAUACUUGUUCUUAUAAUUAAAAUAAGAAGGCCUGUAUUGAAAAUCCAAAUACAGCUUGUCAAUUUUCAUAUAUUAAUGAUAAAUGUAUAAAUGCACCUACAGAAGUUGAUUGUGAUUAUUUUAAUGCUAAUGGUCCUGUUAGUAAAAAUGCUUGUAAAAGAAUCACAAAGGAUGGCUAAACAUGUGAAUAUGAUGAAGGUGCAACAGCAUGUAAAUAUAUAAAAGUAAUAAAUGAUGAUAAUCUCCCAAAUAGUUGUGAUGUUGGAGAAGGCAAUUCAAUAACAUGUUAUAGAAAUACAGGAGGAGAAUGUAGAUGGAAUCCUUUAACAUAUGAUUGCUAUGAAAAUCAAACAGAAAUAUCAUUAUUAGGAUGUGAUGAUUAUCUCAAUAAAAACUUAUGUUUAUAAGUUACAAAAGAACCUUGCAUUUGGGAUACUAAAAAAUAUAAAUGCUUAAAAUUAACAAUGACAGAUCAAUAAUUUGUUACUAAUGAUUUAUUAUAUAAUAGAUUAGCCUGCUAUUCAAUUACAGGAGGAGCUUUUUAUCAUCAUUCUAAUAAUUAAUGUGUAUCAUUGACUAGUAAGAAUAAUACUUGUCAAUAAUAUUAUAUGAAUGAAUAUGCUUGUCUAUUUCAUACUCAAUAACCAACAAAUCAAUAACCAUAAAACUAUCAAUGUUAUUUUGAUAAAAAUGAGUCACCUUUGAAUUAUAGAUGUAAACCAUUUACAAGUGAAUAAACUAAAUGUUCAACUGAUAUUGCAAUUAGUAUAGAAGUUUGUAUGUAAAUACCAAUUAGUUGUUAUUUUAAUAUAAAUACUUUAAAAUGUGUUAAUGUUGAAAUUCCUGAAACUCAAACAUGCACUAACUUGAAAUUUUAAUCAUUAAGUGGAUUAUACUAUAAUCGAAUAUCAUGUGCUUCAAUAAGUGAAUUUUUAGACUCUACUUAUGGAGUUAAACAUUGUUACCCACAUGUAGAUUAGUCAUAACAAUGCACUUUUGAGAAAUAUUGUUUUUGGGAAUAAUCAACUAAGACUUGUGAAAUUCAUACACCAACAGCAGGUCUUAUAUUUACGUAAAAUGCAUAAGCUUAUAAUUGUGGAGAUAAUGAUAACCCGAAAACUUGUUAUCGGGAUAUUUGUUAUGUCAAUAAUUUAAUCUCUAGUUUUUCAUCUUGUUCUAAUAUAUAUUCAAGAGCUCUUUGUUUAUAAAUGGUUACAGAACAAUGCUACUUUGAUAUUAAUUAAGGUGGAUGUCUUUCUUUGAGUGGUAACGCUCAUAAACUACCAGAUUGUACAUCAUUUGUUAAUAGUUGUAAUGUAAGUUAAACACCAGGAGUACUAUGUGAAAUAACAACAGCAGAUGCAGAUUAGCAACCUGGGAAAUAAUGUAAAUCUAUAGAGAGAUUAAUAAAAAAAUGCAUAAAUAAUGGUAGUGUCUAAUUAGGAUAAACAUGUGAUUAAUAUUCAAAUUAAAGUAGUCCAGUAGUUUGUGCAUCUGCUAGCGAUGCAUGUAGAUUAAGUAAUUAAUGUGUAUCAAAAGAACCUAUUUUAUCAUAGGGAGAAACUAAGUCAAGUAAAUGUGACAAAAGCAUGAGUAAAACAAUGUGCGAAGCUAUGGGAUGUUAUUAUACAAAAUUAAAUUAUUGUUAAUAAACAGAUUCAGUACCAUAAAUAACAAGCACUAAUAAAUAUUAUUUAUGUUAUGAAGUUAAUUAACUCAAAAUAACUAAUCGAGAUGUAAUAUGUAGUGGAGUUGAUCAAUCAUGUAUUUUUACAAGUAAAUGUGAAGAUGCAACUGGAUUUACUUGUUCUUAAUUAAUCAAUAAUAAAGUAAGUUAAAAAGCAUGUAUCAAUUGUUCUGAAUUAAAAGUUAAAUAUGAUCCAGAUACUUUUAGAUGUAUAGUGAUAACAAAUGAAACCUUUACAUCAUGUGAUCAAAAUCUUAAUAAAUAAACUUGUUUAAUAAAUACUCCUAAUCUUAAUUGUAAAUGGCAUUCAAAUUAAUGCACAUUAAUUACUAAUUUAGAAGUUGAAACUAGUACAGAUUGUACUAUCUAUAAUAAAUAUUCAUGUCCUAGUAUAACUAAAACUAAUUGUUAUGUAAAUGUUACUACUUAACUUUGUUCUCCUUUUAAUCCUAUCUUUGCUAAAUGUUCUGAUGUCAAAUAGCAAAGUUUAUGUAUCUAAUCUAAUUAUGAAAGAUGCAAAUGGACAGAUACAUCAUGUAAUAAAGUUGAUACAGAGACUACUUAUACAUGUGAGAUGGCUAAUCAAUAUGGUUGUUUAAAUAUGACAUCAAAAAAAUGUUGUUGGUCAAAUAACGCUUGUUAUUCAUUUGAAUAUGAUACAACAUAAGCUCAAUGCAAUAAUAUUGAACUAAUAUCUAAGGAUAGCGAUGGCAAAAUACAAAUACAAUUAAAAAAAAUGAAGUUAAUUAAAUUUAAUGAUCUCUCAUGUGCUAAUCUUCCCUUUGUUAAUAAAGCAUAUUUUAGAGAUGAAUAAUUUAGAUGCAGAGAAGUUGUUUCUGCAGAUUAAUUAACGUGUAAUUCACCAGGAGUUAAUGAACUUGCUUGUAUAAAUAAUACUUAAGGUAAAUGUAAGUAUGUCACUACAGAUACCUAAGGAUCUUGUGUUGAAUUACUAACUAAAGUUGAUGGAUGUUCAGACAAGUUAAAUGUAGAUGCAUGUCUUAAUUAAAAUGCUACAUGUAAAUUUGUUAAUAAAAAAUGUUAAAAUUAUGAUCUUUAAGGUUACACUAAUAUUCAACCAAAUGACAAAUUCCCUUAUUCAAUUAGUGUUUGCUCAUAUUUUGAUGAUACAUUUGAUGAUUCAACAGCUGAAAGUAUUGUUUAUAGUCCUGAAAAGAGAAGAUGUGUAAAAGCUACUUCUAGAGAACCUUUCAUUAAUAAUUGUGCAUAGAUUGGUAUUAAUAAAUAUGCAUGUUUAAAUAAAACUACUGUAUAGUGUCAAUAUGAUUCUGUUAAUAAGUAAUGUCUUUCAGUUACUAGAGAAAUACUCAAUAGUACUAAGAUUUGUGAUCCAACAUUUAGUUGGGCAGCUUGUAUUCAAAUUGCUGCUUAAUGUUAAUUCUACAAUAAUCAAUGUUAACCAAUUUCUGAUACCGUUUUGUGUUCUGAAUUAUAAAAUAACAAAAUAUACACUAAUGCUUCAGUUUGUCUUAAUAGAUAAUCUACUGAUACUGCUUGUAAAUAUAAUACAGAAACUAAAAUUUGCAAUGUUGUUGUUGAUGGCACAAAUGAAGUUUGUUCAUAACCUGGUUUAAAUAAAAAGGGUUGUAUUUUCAAUACUUUAGGAUCUAUGUGCAUUUUUUAAGAAACAUAUUGCACUGAUAAUUAUGAAAAUGUUAAGUGUACAGAUUUAAUUAAUAAAGACAAAUGCUUAUCAAUUAGAACAAAAGGAUAAUAUUGCAAAUUUGAUAUCAAUUUAGGUUGUAUAAACAUUCCAACACCAGAAACUACUUUAUCUGCAUGUGUGUAAAAUUUUGAAACAAAUCCUCUAUCAUGUUCAAUUGCCUCAGAUAAACCUUGCUUUUAUGAUAAUAAGUUGAAUAAAUGCAAGGAGUUUAUAUAUCCUAAAAAAAAUGAAGAUCUUAAUUUUUUUAAUUGGUCCAACAGAUUAUCAUUCAAUAAAAGAGCAUGUUUGAUGUAUGUAGAAGAUAAUAGAGCAGUUUACUGGAUGGAUGAAUGUUUAGAAAUACCAACUAGUGAAUUCACUACAUUGACAUGCGAUUAGUAAAUUAAUAAAUGGGGUUGUUUAGGAAUAACUAAUCCAAUUUCAAAUUGUUAUUAUUUCGAAUAAUAAUGUAAAGAUGCUAAUUUAUCAGAUUAUGUUGGAAAAGAUUGCAACACAAUUAUAGAUAUAAGUAAUGGACGUAUUUGUGAAGUUAAUAAUUUCAAUAAUAAAAAAUGCUAAUAUGAUGCUGCUGAUCAUUAGUGUAUUGAAGUUUUAGCUGCUAUAAAUGAUUGUGAAGGUAAAGGAUAUAAUUAACAUGCUUGUGCAUCCAAUUCGUCCUGUUAAUUUAAUAAGAAAUGCUAUGAAAAAUUAACCAAUGGAAUAUUAUUUUGUGCAGAUGCCUUACCUAAUCUUGAUAACUGUAAAGGUGUAUAAAGAGAAGGAUGUAAUCAAUCUUGCUAAGCAAUUUCAGAUUAUUCAUAAAUUAAUUGUUAAGAUGCUAUCAAUUUAUAUGGAUGUAAUAGAAUUGUUAAAUCUUAAUAAUUUUGUUAAUAUUCAAAUUAACUAUGUAAAUUAGUAAAUCCUUUUACAUUUUAAAGCUCAUCUUGUAUAGAUAUUAAAUAUAUUAAUAAUUCAAUAUUCUGUGAAUAACCUUAAGACAUAGGUUGUUAUUAUGAUUAAAAAUCUUAGUAAUGUAUGGUUACAACAAUUUAAAGUACAUUCGGUUGUGUUAGAGGAAUUAAUUAGAUAGCAUGUUUAUCUUCUACUAUACCUUCUUUGUAAUGCAAGUUUCUUGAUUAUUGCUAUGGUCCUAAUUCAGCAAUUCUUAAUUGUUAAAUUAAUAACUAGUCAGAUCCUAAUAUUUGUUGUUAAAAUGCAGGCACAAUAGAAUCUUGUUUAUUUUAGGAUAAAUUUUUAUGUUCUUGGAAUACAGAUACAAAGUUAUGCUCUCCUUAUGUGAUUGAAAACGAUGAAUGUGCAUAAAUAGAAAAUAAAUCAUAAUUAGUUUGUUUAUAAAAAACUAAUACAUUUUGUGUAUUUAACACUGAAUUAAAAAAAUGUUAAUAAAUUUAAGCAAUUUCAUGUAAUUAAGCUUAAUCUUAGGAAUAAUGUACAUCAAUUGAUAUUCUUCCUUGUAUAUGGGAUAAUUUAUUGAAAAUUUGCAAAUAUAAAAAGAAAGAAAAUCAGGAUGAAUGUUAAGAUAUAAAAUAAGGUUUUGGAAAUCGAUUAGCAUGUCUAGGAGUUGAGAGAAUUGGUUAAACAUGCUAAUUUAGAGAUGGUUCAUGUGAAACAUAUUUUGAAUCAAAAACUGAAGAUAAUUGUUUAAAUAAUAUAAAUUAAGUUGCAUGUACUUAGCAAUAAUCAAGUAAAUGUUAUUGGAAGUCUGAGACAAUACAAAUAAGAGAGAAUUCAUGGAGUGAAGAAACAAAUUUAAUAAUAGGGGCAUGUAAUUAAUUUACAGAUUUUAAUAAUUCAUCAUGUGAAGAAUAUUUAAGUUACUUAUCUUGUUUGUCUAUUUAAACAAUAGGAAAAUAAUGUAUUUGGUAAGAUAGUAAAUGUUAAGAAAUAAAAUUUAAUAAAUCAUCUAUAUUUUCACCUAAAGAUUUAAUAUUAGUGAAUAGUAAUGCUUGUGGCUUAAUUAAUAAUGGUGAUGUUGUAUAAUACAAUCCUAAAUCAUAUUCUUGUAAAAUAGUCACAAAUAUAGAAUCAAUUGCAUGUUAACCUCUAACAGAAGGUAUUAAUAAAUCGAGUUGUUUGAAAAUUAGAACAUAAUAUUGUUAAUGGGAUGAUGUGAGUAUGAGAUGUAUAUUCAAAAAGACUAGAUUACUUGUUGAAGAACAACUUUAAUAAAAUCGUCUACUGUAAUCUAUAUCUAGUUGUAAAAGAGAUGGAAUUGGUCCAAAAUUAUGUAAAUAAUUGAAUGUUGAAUUACCCUGUGGUUCAUUUGAUGAUGGAUGUGAUUAAAUUGAUAUAAAUACAGCAACUUGUGAAGAUCCAGGUCUAAAUAAAUAUGCCUGUUUAAAUUUAAAAACAGGACCUUGUGCUUGGGUAAAAGAUGAUGAUACUGAUUAUUAUCAUUGUGAAGAAUUCUAUCCAUAUUCUACUUGUGAGAACAUUGAAUAUAAUAUAAAUUCAUUAGUUUGUUCUUAUGUAGAGGAUGAUCCAUGUGUCUAUAAUAAAUAAAAAAAGAAUUGUGAAAUACCAUAAUUAGAUUAUGAUGUAUGUGAUAUUGAAGGUAUUAAUCCAAUUGCAUGUUCUGGCAUUAAAGGAUGUAUAUUUAAAGACUAAAAAUGUACAUUGUGGAAUCCUAAUUAUAAUCUCUUAUGUAAUCAAGCUGAAAAAGCAAAUGAAUAAGUUUGCUAAUUAGCAAUUGAUAGAUGCAAAUAUAGUAAUUUAACUUUUGGAUGUAUUUCAUCUACCAUAACUGAUAAUUGUUACACUAAUGGAUUAAGUGCUCUUGGAUGCAAUGUUCUUGAUGAAUGUUCAUGGGUUGAUAAUUCUUGUUAAUGUAUUGCUUAUUUAAAUAAAUUCCCAUAAUGUAAUUAAAUUACAGAAUAUACCAAAUGUACUAAUAUCAAUUAUUGUUAUUUUGAAGUAUCAUAAUCAAAAACCAAUAAAGAUAUUACCUAAUAUCUUAAAAAUACUAAUUAUGGAACUUGUCGAUUAAAGACUUGUGCAGAUAUUGAUGUUAAUAAAUGCAACUAGAACACUAUAGAUAAUACUAUAUGUUAUCUUAAUUCUAAAGGUAAAUGUUUAUCAGCUAAGAAAUGUGAAGAUAUAAUUGAUCAAUCCUUAAGUUGUUAAUAAUAUAAAAUCAACAAUCUUAGUUGUAGAAGUAAAUAGAAUAAUGGUUGCUAGACUUUAGAUUGUAGUUUAAUAAUAGAUCAAUCAGAAUGUGAAUAAUAUAGUAAUGAAUGUGUUUUUGCUGGUUAUUGUAGAAUAAGAUCAUGUGAAUAUAUGGGUAAAGCAUAAUGUUAGAUUAAUAAUUGUGAUUGGAAUCAAACUUCAGAAAGAUGCUAACAAUAAUUAGACUGUUCUUAAAUUACAAAUUCUGAAACUUGUAUUACUAAGAAAUAAAAAAAUGCUCAGUGUGCUUGGUUAAUAACAACAAAAGGGUAAUAAGAAUGUACAUCAACAGGUUGUCGUUAUUUAGGCAAAUCAUAAGGAGAUUGUAUGGGAACUCAUAUAGGAACUGAUGUUUGUGUAUAAAUGAUAGAUUUUUCAUGUGUUUCUUGUUAAGAAAUUACAGAUGCUUGCAUUUGUCUGAACCAAUCACAAUACUGUUCAUAUGAUAAAAUCACAUAGAAAUGUUCAUCAAAAAGUUGUUAACAUCACAAUUAGGCAGAUUGUCCAAUUACUCAUUGUAGAUUCAAUUCUAUAAAAAAUGUAUUUAUAAAUUUAAAUAUCCUAGAUUUGUUAACCUCUAUGUUAAUAUAAUUAUAACCAAGUAUAAUGCAAUUAAGCUGAUGAUUGUUUAUGGAAUAAUACAAAUUAAAUGUGUGUUGCUUACAUUAAACCAACUGUAAUCGAAUAAAUCAGUUUACCCUCUCCUGACAGCAGUAGAAUUUUAAGUAUUAUAAUAUUAAUACUCAAUAUGAUUUAUUGA